UCUACAUCCCGAGCUGCAUCAUGAUUUUCGUCUACAUCCGCAUCUACUACGCCGCCAAGGCCCGGGCGCGGCGGGGCGUCCCGAAAAAGAAGCCGACUCCGAGCGGCGUCGGCGGUGGCGCCACCAGGCAGGUGGUCGGGAAACCGGCCACGAAGCCCCCCAGCAAUACGAGCAUAACCCCGCCCAUCGCCACCGCCACCACCACCACCAGCUUCAGCAAGCCGCCGCCCUCGCCCUCCAACCCCGCGCACGGCAGCGAGGAGUCUUCCCGCAACGGCACGGCCACGGAGCGCACGAGCCUGCUCAACAAGAAGGUCCACAUCUGCGACGUGCGCGUCCACGAGGAGGAAGAGGCGCCGCCCUCGAGGUCGGCCACGCCCACGCCCAACCCCGAGGAGGAGACGCCCUUGCGGACAGUAAGCGAGCAGGUGGACACCGACCACCGCAACCACAACGCGAAAAGCGAGAACGGCCUCUACCUCGGCCCGCUCGGCUCCGACAACCCUCCGGAGCUGACGAUCGGUCUCCCGACGCCCACCGCCCCCCCGACGCCCAUGCGGGAGCCCAACGGAGGCAACAUGGCUGUCACGGUGGCCUCGCCUGCGGGCUCCCUGCGGAGGGGCGUGCCCACGACGUCGAUGGAGGGCGACCAGAUGAGCGACAUCGACCCGUCGUCGUCGGACUCCGGCGUGGUGACGCGGUGCUCGGUCGUGAAGCCGCUCAAGCUGCGCUUCUGCCACCCGCUGCUCGGCAAGAAGCUGACGAAGCCCAAGCGCGAGCUGAUCGACAUGGGGCGCGGGGCGUGUCGCGCGAAGGCCCGCGACCCCGAGAAGGAGAAGAGGCGGCUGGCGCGGAAGAAGGAGAAGAGGGCGACGCUGAUCCUGGGGCUCAUCAUGGGCUCGUUCAUCGCGUGCUGGCUGCCCUUCUUCAUCAUGUACAUCAUGGGGCCCAUCUGCCCGUCGUGCUACAUCCCCGUGUACGCCUUCGACCUCGCCUUCUGGCUCGGCUACAUGAACUCGGCCUUCAACCCCAUCAUCUACACCAUCUUCAACCGAGACUUCAGGCGUGCAUUCAGAAAAAUUAUUUUCAAAUAAACUGAGAAUCUGCUUCAUGGAAGCAAGGACAUUCUGAAGUAUUGCUCAUCCUGUCAUGGAAAAAAGGCUAUCGUUAGUGAACCACGUUGGUCGUGUCAGUGUUUAUGAUAAUGUCAUUUGUUGUGUAAAGAAGAGGACCAACAAGUGGUAAUGAUUUUU